GCCCACUCUCCACUUCCACCGCCGGCCCUGCAGAUUUCCCCUUUGCAAAAGCCCGACUUGGAUUCUACGGUGCAAAGUCGAGGAGCAGAAAUGCAUUAAGAAGUGUUAAGAGAGCCAGAGGUCCUCGCUAAGGACACCAUGACCUCAGAUGGACAUCGCCACCACUUCCGGCUGUUCCGCUACCAUGAAGCUGAAGGGCCCCGAGAGGUUUGCAGCCAGCUCCAUGGACUUUGCAGCCAGUGGCUGAAGCCGGAGAAGAACUCCAAGAAGCAGAUCCUGGACCUGGUGAUCCUGGAGCAGUUCCUGACCAUCCUGCCCCAGGAAAUGCAGUGUUGGGUCAGAGGAUGUGGGCCGGAGACCAGUUCUCAGGCGGUAGCCCUGGCUGAAGGUUUCCUGCUGAGUCAGGCAGAGGAGAAGAGGCAUGCAGAACAGAUGUGGGGACCCUCUGUGAAGAUGGAAGCUGCGAUCCCUGAGGUGGGAAGAGCUUCCUUUGAGCAAAGAAAGAAGGCGCAGGCUGUGGAGCGUGCCCAAGAUGCCCUCUUCUGUGGAGCAGGCAGUGAAGAGAUCCUGUUGAGCCACCAUCUUUCCAGAGGUGUGGAAACAGCUGCUGCACCACCAGUCCAGUGUCCCUUUCCCUUUGAGGAGGUGUCAGUCUCGUUCACUGAGGUAGAAUGGGCCCUGCUGGACCCCGGACAAAGAGACCUGUACAGUGAAGUUAUGCUGGAGAACUACAGGAAUCUGACCUUUCUAGAAACCAGAGGCACAAGAAUGACUUUGGUGGAGAUAAACAAUGACCUCACAUCCAAAGAAAGGCUGGGGAGUUCUUCAAGAGGAUCCCAAGAGCAUAUUUCCUUCCCAAAUGAGCCGGCUGAGAAGGACAAUCAGAGAAAUGAGGAGGAUGAAGAAUUUCACGUGCAAAUGCCAGAUCGAGUUAAAAAUGAAGACUUGAAAGAAAAUGUCAGUAAUCAAGGCAGAUCCAAGAGAAAGAUAGGAAGCUCUGUGGUUGAGAAGCAUGAUGGAAGACUUCAGUGUAAUGUGCAUUUUUCAAAGCACAGGAUAAUGAAGGCAAGUAAAUCUAUCCAGUGUGGAAAGUCCUUCAGAAAUAGGUCAGAACUCCUCGUGCACCAAAGAACGCACAGAGGUGCAAAACCUUUUGCAUGCUCAGAGUACGGCAAGAGAUUGAGUAGCAGUAGCAAUCUUCCAUGGCACCAGAGAACCCACACAGAGUGUGGAAACACAUUCACUGAGAGUGGCCAUUUUCAGAGAACCCAAAAAGGAGGGAAACCAUUUGAAGGCUCUGAGUGUGGAAAGACCUUCAGUAGCAGUGGCAAUCUUCAAGUGCAUCAAAGAACCCACAGAGAGGAGAAACCUUUUCACUGUUCAGAGUGCGGAAAGACAUUCAGUAACAGUGGCCAUCUUCAGCAGCAUCAGAGAACCCACACAGGAGAGAAACCAUUUGAAUGCUCUGAGUGUGGAAAGAGAUUCAGUCAGAGCAGCCAUCUUCAAGUCCAUCAAAGAACCCACACGGGUGAGAAACCUUUUGAAUGCUCUGAGUGUGGAAAGAGAUUUAGCCAGAGCAGCCAUCUUGAAGUGCAUCAAAGAAUCCACACAGGGGAGAAACCUUUUGACUGUUCAGAGUGUGGGAAGACAUUCAGUAGGAGUAGCAGUCUUCAACUGCAUCGAAGAACCCACACAGGGGAGAAACCUUUUGACUGCUCAGAGUGUGGAAAGACAUUCAGUAACAGAGGCCGCCUUCUGCGGCAUCAUAGAAUCCACACAGGGGAGAAACCUUUUGAAUGCUCUGAGUGUGGAAAGAGAUUUAGUCAAAGUGGGUAUCUUAAAGUGCAUCAAAGAACCCACACAGGGGAGAAACCUUUUGAAUGCCCUGAAUGUGGGAAGAGAUUCAGUAAGAGUGGCCAUCUUCAGCGGCAUCAGAGAACCCACACAGGGGAGAAACCUUUUGAAUGCCCCGAAUGUGGAAAGACAUUCAGUAACCGUGGCCAUCUUCAGCGGCAUCAGAGAACCUAUACAGGAGGAAAACCUUUUGAAUGCUCUGAGUGUGGAAAGAGAUUUACUCAAAGUGGCUAUCUUCAAGUGCAUCAAACUACCCACACAGGGGAGAAACCUUUUGAAUGCUCAGAGUGUGGAAAGAGAUUCAGUCAGAGCAGUCAUCUUGAAGUGCAUCAAAGAACCCACACAGGAGAGAAACCUUUUGAAUGCUCCAAGUGUGGAAAGAGAUUCAGUCAGAGCAGUCAUCUUGAAGUGCAUCAAAGAACCCACACAGGGGAGAAACCUUUUCACUGUUCAGAGUGUGGAAAGACAUUUAGUAGGAGUGGUAAUCUUCAACUGCAUCAAAGAACCCACACAGGAGAGAAACCUUUCUACUGCUCUGACUGUGGUAAGACAUUUGGUAACCGAGGCCGUCUUCUGCGGCACCAGAGAACCCACUCGGGCGAGAAACCUUUUGAAUGCUCUGAGUGUGGAAAAAGAUUUAGUCAAAGUGAACAUCUUCAACGGCAUCAGAGAACCCACACAGGGGAGACACCUUUUGAAUGCUCCGAAUUUGGGAAGAUAUUCAGUCAGAGUGCCCAUCUUCUACUGCACCAAGGAACUCACACAGAAGAGAAGCCUUUUUAAUGUCCAGUGUGUGGAGAUUCACUGUGUGGCAGUCUUCAACAGCAUCAAAGUACCCACAACCUUUUGAAUGCUCUGAGUGUGGAAAGAAAUUCAGUCCGAGUGGCCAUUUUCAAAUGCAUCAAAGAACUCACACUGGGGAGAAACCAUUUGACUGCUCAGAGUGUGGAAAGACAUUCAGUAACAAUGGACAUCUUCAGCGGCAUCAGAGAAUCCACACAGGGGAGAAACCUUUUGUGAGUCCUCAUAGUUUGGAAAAAGAAGUUAAUUGCUAAGAACCUGACUCAAUUCGAAACAAUAACACUGAACACAGGAGCCCAGGCUAGGACAUAUUUACAAGCCCCUCUUUCAAUAUCAUUCAGAAACAGAACAAAUCAAGACAUGUAUGGUGAAACGGUCACAAAACUUUGGAAAAGAGAUUUAGUUUCAGCAAUGGGAAAAUCUAUAGACAAGGGAGAAAAAAAUCACAGCUAGCCAAGUACUUAAAGAAAACUGGUACAAUAUGUGCUUUCAAUGGUGCAUUAUGUCCAAAGGCAUUGAGAAGAUGGUCAAAAACUACAAAGGACUAUGUUGGAAACGUAAUCAGAGAGCUGAUACCUUUUACCAUGUGUGGUAGUCCUGCAAAAAAAAAA